AUGAAGUUCCUCAACCUCAUCACAUUCACAGCGCGGAGCUUGUGGUCCUUUGCAGCUCUCGGCAAACCCCACCUCAACGACUUUCCCGUCCCAGACCGACAAAUCCUCGGCGCCCUCGCCCGUCGUCAACACCAACACCUAGGUCUUGACGAAUCCCACGAGCCGCUUCAUAUCCGCCAAACCACCACCGGCCGUUGCGGAGCCAACUAUGGCCGCUGCCCCGACAGCCUCUGCUGUUCCGAGUACGGCUACUGUGGCGACACCGUAGACCACUGCUACCCGGGCUUUGAUUGCCAGCCUGCUUAUGGUGUCUGUGGAUGGCCUCGACCCGUGGCUACCACCACUACCACUACGACUUCGACCACCGUAAGGCCGACUAGCAGCACUUCCAUCAUCACCAGCAUCACCUCGAUACGCAGCAGCACCAGUACCACCGGAAGCAGCAGCAGCAGCAGUAGUUUCGUCCCCAUCCCCACUGGAAUCAUCACCACCAACGGACAAUGCGGCAACUCUACCAUUUGCCCUGGCAUCACCGACGCCGGUUGGGGCCCCUGCUGCUCUCGUUUCUUCUGGUGCGGUUCCGGACCCGAGUACUGUGGUGCAGGCUGCCAAUCCGCUUUUGGUCUUUGCGAGGAUGAUUCCGGAUCCCCUGGAACCACUUCCACUUCCACUUCCACUUCCACCACCAGUACUACUACUUCAACCCGGACAAGCACCAGUACGAGCGCUGGCCCGACAUUCACGCUACCGCCCGGUCAAGUGCCAAGUACAGAUGGGCGGUGCGGAAACGGACAGAACUGUUUGGGAAGUGCCUAUGGCCGGUGUUGCAGCCAGUUUGGAUGGUGUGGAGAUGGGGAUCAGUUCUGUCCGUAUAUCGUGGGUUGUCAGCCCGAGUUUGGGUACUGUGAUCCACAACCGGCGACUUUCUGA